CGGGAGCUUCUUGAAAGAUGGCGGCGCCCCGUUUUUCACUCGUGCGGCUUAAAGCGCUGUUCAAUAUCGGCAAAUGCGUCCACACAGGAGACAAAACGGCGUCCAACUGGGGCAGAGACGUGCGGUGGUGUCAGACAAAAGCCCGAACCUUACGGGACCAGGGUACAUCACAUGUCCAGACUAAACAAGACCUUCUCCUGAAGGAGUUCCCGGACCCAAAGGGUCUCCUACAUAGCACCAUCUCCCGUUCAGUGAGAACAGGCGACCUGUCCCAGCUCAUCCAGUACAGCUGCACGGAACAUGCGGGUGUCAAGAGAGCCACCGUCACACUACACUGGCCCUACAAGAUCGAAGAGGAGGGACACGCUGUCAGGAAGCUGGAUGCAGAGCGAGUUGCUGCAGCGGCUGCUUGUCUCAAACUCAAGGAAAUUGGUGUCAUUGGUCCAAAUAAUCAGCUCCCUGGCAGGAAAGCUGACGGGAGGAGAGGGGGGCUGCUUUCAGCUUUUUGUGAUGAGAACGACCUGUUGACAGAUAAUUUCAAUGUGUUUAGAGAGAAGGCACAUGUACAAAACCAACAGACGGCCACUGAAGUAGAGGCCUCCCAAAUAUAUGAAGCUCUUACCCUGUUUCCACAACCUAAACAUCUCCUCAUCAGGGUCAUCCAGUUGGCUAAAUCCAACAGAGUCACGGAGAUAAUGCAAUUCACAACAAGAAAUGAGAUUACUCAGCUGACCCUGCAGUGGCCAGAGAAGAUGACAUUCUCAACCAAAGCGAGGAACCGAGUGACAGGGGAGAGGAUGGUCGCGGCUCUGGCCUGCAUGAAACUGAAGGAGCUGAAACUGUUGGACAGUAACAACAAGCCGCUGAGUCACGUCAAGUACCACCAAGCAAAGGUGAAGGAGCUUGCAGAACAACAAAGACGCCCCGUCCCCCUGGAAAUCCCAGACUACCUGAAGGAGUCCAUAAAAGAGUACCAAACACAGUACCCAGUGGAAGAAGAAGUGCAGAAGGUGUGGGAGGAGAAAGAGGCGAGAGAACAGCAGACGGUACAUGAGGAGGAAGAUGAGGUCUUCGUGACAGACGCCAUCACAGGCAUGCUGUACAGGCCUCUGUCUGAACGGGAAGUCAAGAAGCUCAGUUACCACCUGCAGGAAAAAUGGGAGAGAGCAAACCCAGUGCUGAGUGUGGAGCUCCCAGUCGAUGCCCACCGUCAGCGGGUGGUCUCAGCAGUGCAGUCCUCCAGGGUGGUCGUGAUCGCUGGCGAAACGGGAUGUGGGAAAUCGACCCGAAUUCCCCGAUUCCUGCUGGAGGAGUGUGUGAGAAGUGGCAGGGGGGCUGAGUGCAACAUUCUGGUGACCCAGCCCCGUCGGAUCAGUGCUGUGUCUGUGGCCCACCGUGUCGCUCAGGAGAUGGGUCCAGAUCUAAAACCCUAUGUGGGACAUCAGGUCAGACUUGAGAGCAAACCACCAGAGCACAAUGGAGGAUCCAUGCUCUUCCUCACGGUGGGCAUCCUGCUGAAGAAGCUGCAGUCAAACCCGUCCCUGUUGGGAAUCAGCCAUGUGGUGGUGGAUGAGGUUCACGAGAGAGACAUCAACACAGACCUGCUGCUGGCUCUGCUGCACUCCAGCUUAGAGAAAAACCCCAACCUACGAGUGGUGCUUAUGAGUGCUACUGGGGACAAGCAGAGGUUCGCUGAGUACUUUGGAGGCUGCCCAGUGGUAGAGGUGCCUGGGUUCAUGUACCCAGUGAGGGACAGAUACCUGGAGGAUGUGCUUAAAGAGCUAGGACGCCUACUGCCAGUCCAGCAGACAGCGGAGUCAGAAAGGAAGGGACGAACACGCGAUAUUGCAACAGAUGUAGAUUUAGUAGCUGACGUAAUCGAGCACAUUGACCGACAUGGACAGCCAGGUGCAGUGUUGUGUUUCCUCCCUGGAUGGCAGGAAAUCAGGGCUGUUACAGAGAAACUCAUGAAGAGGCCCCACUUUUCCUCAGGCUCACAAAUGAUCUUGCCAUUGCACUCUAGUUUAUCAGUACAAGACCAGCAGGCGGUGUUCCAGCACCCCCAAGUGGGCCAGAGGAAGAUUGUUCUCACGACUAACAUUGCUGAGACUUCAAUCACCAUAGAUGACAUUGUCCAUGUGGUGGAUACAGGAACUCAUAAAGAACAGAAUUAUGAUCCGCUGACUAAGGUCUCCUGUCUGGACACAGUUUGGAUAUCUCAUUCUAAUGUCACUCAAAGAAAAGGCAGAGCAGGGCGUUGUCAGCCAGGACAGUCCUACCACCUUUUUUCACAAAAGCAGCUGAAGACCAUGACUCACUUCGCCAUCCCUGAGAUUCUGCGCACCCCACUAGAGAAUUUAGUAAUGCAAGCCAAAAUCCACAGUCCGAAGUGCAAGGCUGUAGAUUUCCUGUCUCAAGUGUUGGACAGUCCAGAGCCACAAGCUGUGAAAGUUGCUGUCCAAAAUCUUGAAGACAUUGGAGUCCUGGACAAGAAUGAAAACCUGACUCCUUUAGGAGAGUCUGUUUCGUAUAUGUCAUGUGACCCUCGUCUGGGCAAAUUGCUGGUCCUGGGUGUUAUGUACAGAUGCGUACUGCCCAUGCUGUCAGUAGCUGCCUGUCUGACCAGAGACCCAUUCCACAACAGCCUGCUGGACAGAGCACAAAUUCUCAAGGUGAAAGAAGCUCUGAGCAACUCGGACUGCAGUGACUAUUUGGCGUAUAUUAGAGCUGUGUUAGGCUGGAGGAAAGUUCAGCAAGAGGGGGACAGAGCAGACCGAGAGGACUAUCUGCACAAUCACACUCUGUCCGGGUCAAGCCUUCGAUUCAUCAAUGGUCUCAUUUCUCAGUUCAGCUCGAACCUGCAGGAAGCCAACCUGGUGUCUCAUGCGAAUAAGUGCCUGCAACAUACUUCUGCUUACAACGAGCACAGCAACCAGGAUGAGCUGCUAAAAGCUGUCCUGCUGGCUGGAUUCUAUCCCAACCUCAUUCAGGUGAAGAAAGGUGGGGUAACCAAAGGACGCUUUCGCCCAAACAGUCUGUGUUUCCACACAGUCAACGGGCCAGUAGAGCUUAAGCGAUCAGUGAACAGAGGAAAAAAGGAGCUUCCAAGUCACUGGUUGACGUACUUCAGCGCUGUCAAGUCCAGCGGGGUUGUUUUCAUCAGAGACUCUUCUGUGGUCCAUCCACUCGCCCUGCUGCUUUUCACAGACUGUGAUAUCUUAGAGACAGUGAAAGGAGACAAAGUGGAAUUAUCACUUUCUGGACACACUCUGGUGCGCUGUGAGUUGUCAGUUGACACCUGGGAGCUGCUGUGGGAUCUACGCACUUCCAUGCAGGCCAUGCUGUAUCGCAACUUCAGCAAUCCCAGCAAUGCAACCAUCCACUUUGCUCAAGAUAGAAAGCUCAUCUCAUUACUUGUGGAGCUGCUCAACAAUACAAAUUCAAACCCUUUCAUUCAGAACAACAGUGACAGUGAGGUGGACUGAUGAUCUAAAACGUGAUGUAUGUUGAACCUGGCUGGUACUGAGGAACCAAGGUGGAACACGGUAUCUCCAUUGUAUAUUUUUUUAUUUAAAGAAUGUUUGAGUCACUAUACUAUGUGCUGAUUUAGAAACACAUACUGUCUGCUAGGAUUAUCUUUCAGGUAAAUGAUAAACUGUGAUGUGAGGAAAUCCAUUGGUUUGGAUUUUGGACUAUGGUUUACUGUUCAUAAUGAUUUGCUUUUGGAAUAGCAAAAGUGGAAUUUUCUAAUGAGUAAAGAAAAAUAAUUGUUAAAAAGACUGCAUGCAGUGCAGGAUGUCAUAUUUAUUGCAAUAAAUGUUCACAUGCUAACCUCCAGAAACUGAUCAGAUCCUUUUUAUUGUUUAUGAAUUAUUCAACUGCAGAUAGAUGGAAGGGAGAGAACUGACUUUUUUCCCCCUUAAGUUCCCAUUGUUUAGGAAAAAUCCUUCAUAAACUGUGUGUGAAAGCAGGUCAGGCGUCUUAGUAAUUCUUCCAUCAUGACCUCAGAGGUCAUAAUGCAAAAUCUGCAGAGAGAAAAGUAUCAGUGUUCACUUACAUUUAAUGUUCCAUGAACUAAUACUAAUAAAAAAACAUGUUUUUGGUGUA